AUGCUAGGUGCAAUCUCAGGAGUAUGCGCCAGGAAACCGCAAGCAAAGGUGGUUCUAGAAAGCAAGAAGUCUUUAAUUUACGGUUAUUAUACGCGCGAGAUCAUAGCCUCUAGGACUCCACUGCCUUCACAUAUUGCCAGUGCUCUGAAAGACUUUUUCUUAGACUUUGCCACCCAGGAAGAUUUCGAGCGAGAAAUUGUACCGUCCCUCGAGAAAGCGCUACUAAGGGCUCCUGAGAUUGUACUAAACGACCUUGUCACACCACUCUUCCAGUCUCUACCUAGCUCAGUAGAUCUCUCAAACGUUCUCCGAUCCAAGCUUUUAAAACCUAUCCUAUCUAAUAUCAAGUCGACCAAUCCCACAAUUCGUCAAAGGAGCACUUUCUGCAUUCAGAGCAAUUGGGUAAAGUAUCUGCAGCAGAUCAGAGGGCCAACUAUGCAGAAAAUGCUAGCAAUAUUACCCGUCUCCAAGUUCGAAUGCCUUCGGGCAGCUAUUGGCCUUGCGACAAUUGCAGGAAAGGAAGCCAACGAAGCCGCAUUGUUAGCAGAGACAUUUGCUUUGUUACAUUACUUGAAGAAUAGAGUGCAGAACGAAUCUCCCCUGGAUAAAUCCAUCGUUAACACCUUCACAAAAGGUAUAUCCGAUAAAAAGGUCCCCGCCAAGAAACUAUGGACGAUCCGCCUCGGAGAAUUGCUAUGGGAUACCGAAGAAGCUGAGUUAUCUGAAUCAAAGGCUUUGGCAGAAGAGACUAUCACAGCAUUGGUAGAUAUUUGGCAAGAAGUAACGGCGAAUUCCAUACCUGCAGCUCAGUCUGGCCUUGUCACUGCAGCUUAUGUUCUUGCUGCAAUCUCACAGACAAAAUUAGGUGUUAUUUCGGGUCCAAAGAUUGACGCAGCGCUCAAAAAGGCUCAAGUCUCGCAUCAAUCACUACUCAUGGAGCCCAAGCCAUCAUUCUUACUAAAUCCUCGUAUCUAUAGCAAACUUUCUAGCCACGAUGAUUUCAUGUGGUUUGUUAGAGCCUUGUUUGCCUUUCCGGAUCAGCUUGCUUCUCUGGACCCGGCAUCCCUAUCAGCUAUAUGUUCGCUUUCCUGGCAAUAUAUCCAAAAUCAUCACAUCUGGUUGUGGAGAUGGUUACAAUCUAUUGAGCUUGGAGAAAAAGACAGUGCUCCAAUAUCAGCAAAAACGGAAAAUGAGAAUCUGCACUUAGUGUUGAAAGCUAUCUGUUUGACACCAGCGGAAAUCACACGACGGGGUGGUUCUGUGGAUCAGAUGGUAGUUAAGGAUCAAAUGAUAUCACUGUUGAUCAUCUGUCGACCAGAACUGCUGCCAAGAGUAAGUUGGAUCGAGCUAUGCCUGAAGGCUGAGGUUGAUCCUGGAAAUCUUGCUAGAGAAAGUGGAGACGCUUUGUUAAAGCAAAUUCUCGAUAUCACAAGCAUUCAAGAUUCUGCCGCAGUACCACGAUCCAAGGCUGUUAAAGAUGCUGCCUAUAAUGCCGCUGCUGAGCUUGCUUUCGUCGCUCCAGAAGUUAUGACAGCACGAAUUGUUGAACUAGUAGAGCAAGACCUAGACGCGACUGAGCUCGCCAGUGUCGGUCCAACGGAGGCGGCAAUCUUCCGCACUCCAGAGGGAACUGCCUUUGUAGACGUGUUAGCAUCUAAAGCUCAAAGUCAUACCCCGAACAAGAACACGAAGGAUUACGAUACUUUAAAAUGGGAGGAAGAUCUCCGAGCCUCAUUAGCGAAGAAAAAGGGUCAGCAGAAGAAGCUCACUCCAGAGGAAACAGCCAAAGUUAAGGCUCAAUUAUCGAAAGAAUCAGAAAUUAGACGCCAGAUUCAAGCUCUAGAGUCAAGAGUUCUUCGUGGAGUUGGAAUCAUCAAAAGCCUUGCAACAGGACCUCCAACAGAAGCUUCUCUGUGGAUGGGACCUGCCGUGAGAGCUUUGGUAAAGGUAAUCAAUGCUGGAGCUGGAUUGAUUACUGGUACAGCUGCUCCAGAUGCUUAUAUCCUUUGUGCCGAAAGAGUUUCUAGUCGUAUAGGUAUACUCCGUUCGUUUAUUGGAUUAGCAACCCUCAGAGCUAUGAAUGUUCCGCAGUUGCCACCGGCCUUAACUCAAGAACCACUUGGAGCUCUUAUCACACGUGUAUUGUACCGCCUAAGAUUCUCUGCAGAACAACGCCCAUUUGAUACAGUCUCUCUCAUCUAUGUUCUUCCUCUCGUCUUCCUAGUACUUCGAGAUGGUGGGUUUGGAGAAAGCGAUGAUGCUGAUGCCCAACUUGUUCUCGCCCUGGAAUUCCUCUCUUUUCAUACUGAUGCCUGUUCCGACGUUUUGGUACCUCGGGACCAAGUUCUCUCCACUCUAAUUUCGUCGAUGCAGACCUACAAUCAGCAUUACAAGGCAAUCAAAGAUUGCUUGACAGAUCUGUGCAGAUGUAUUGCACCAAACAUUACUGAUAAUGAGAUCUCAAUUCUUGCACAAGGAGCCAUUGUUCCACAAGUUGCUGUACGAACCUCGGUAUUACAGUCAAUUAGUUCAGAGAUUGAUAUGAGUGAGCUCGAUUUUUCCAAUGAAAUCUGGUUAGCAUGCCAUGACGAUGUAGACGAGAAUGUUGAGCUUGGGCGAGAAAUCUGGGAGGAAAGUGAGUUCAAAAUAUCUACCGAAUCACCAUUCCGAAUGCUACCAUAUCUGGAAAGCAUGGAUAAGCAACUUCGACGAGCUGCAGCUAGAUCUAUCGCCGAGGCUGUAAAAUUGCAGCCUUCAACAUUCAAGGAUGUGCUUAGCCGUCUGCAAUCCUCUUAUACGGAGUUGGCAAAGCCUCGAGUUCCUCAGCUUGAUGAGUACGGUAUGCCCAGGAAGAUGGAUCUGUCGGAUCCAUGGGAAGCCCGAAAUGGAAUUGCACUUGCAUUCAGAGAAUUAGCCACAGUCUUUGACGAAUCACUCCUUACUCCAUUCCUCAACUUCUUAAUUGAAGGGCCACUUGGCGACAGAAACUCAAUUGUCAGAGAAGAAAUGGUUGAGUCUGCCACAGCUAUAAUAGCUAUUCAUGGAAAGGACAAAGUGGAAGAAUUGAUGAAAACUUUUGAACGUACCCUUGAGACACCGGACAAAGGUUCUGAAUUUUCCGAUAGAGUAAACGAGGCUGUUAUCAUCAUGUAUGGUGCCUUGGCGCAACACUUGAAAGCCGGCGAUGAACGUGUUCCGAAGGUUGUAGACAGGCUUCUAGAGACAUUAAGCACCCCAUCUGAGACGGUACAAUAUGCCGUGGCUGAGUGCUUGCCACCACUCGUUCGUGCAUCCAAGGAGAACACUUUGGACUACAUCCAAUUAGUUCUCGACAGACUGUUCAACUCGAAGAAAUACGCCGGUCGACGUGGCGCAGCAUAUGGUCUUGCAGGUCUUGUCAAUGGAAAGGGAAUCUCCGCUUUACGAGAAUACAGAAUCAUGCUUACACUGAAAGGUGCGAUCGACAAUAAAAAGGACGUCAAUCAUCGAGAAGGAGCUCUAUUGGCUUAUGAACUUCUUUCCAUGAUUCUCGGUCGCAUAUUUGAGCCUUACGUCAUUCAAAUUGUGCCUCAACUGCUCUCGAGCUUCGGCGACUCAAGCGCAGAUGUUCGUGAAGGUUGUUUGGCAGCAGCAAAAGUGUGUUUUGCAAGCUUGAGCUCUUAUGGAGUGAAACAAAUUUUGCCAACACUACUUGAUGGUCUUGAUGACGACCAAUGGCGAAGUAAAAAGGGUGCUUGUGAUCUCCUAGGUGCAAUGGCGUAUCUUGACCCGCAACAACUUGCCCAGAGUCUUCCCGAGAUCAUUCCACCCCUGACGGGUGUAUUGAAUGACAGUCACAAAGAGGUCCGUCUUGCUGCUAAUCGCAGUUUGAAGCGCUUCGGAGAAGUUAUCAAUAACCCUGAGAUCAAGAGCCUUGUCGAUGUCCUUCUCAAGGCUCUCAGUGAUCCUACCAAGUACACGGACAAUGCAUUGGACUCACUCAUUAAGGUGUCUUUCGUUCAUUAUCUUGACGCACCUUCUCUUGCUCUCGUUGUUCGUAUUCUUGAGAGAGGUUUGGGUGAUAGAUCGGCAACCAAACGAAAGUCUGCCCAGGUUAUUGGUAGUCUUGCUCAUUUGACAGAGAGAAAGGAUCUCGUAUCCCAUCUCCCGAUCUUAGUUGCUGGUUUGAAGAUUGCAAUUGUUGACCCCGUACCAACUACUCGUGCAACUGCAUCCAAAGCUCUGGGUUCUCUCAUCGAGAAAUUGGGAGAAGACGCUCUUCCGGAUCUUAUUCCAGGUCUCAUGCAAACACUCAAAUCAGAUACUGGAGCCGGUGACCGACUGGGAUCUGCACAAGCACUCAGUGAAGUUCUUGCUGGAUUGGGUACAAGCCGCCUCGAGGAUACUCUUCCAACAAUUCUUCAAAAUGUUGCUUCAUCCAAACCUUCCGUUCGGGAAGGCUUCAUGUCGCUCUUCAUAUUCUUGCCCGUAUGUUUCGGAAACAGUUUCGCCAAUUACCUUAGUAAGAUUAUUCCACCUAUUCUCUCUGGUCUGGCGGACGACGUUGAAUCAAUUCGUGACACGUCUUUGAGAGCUGGACGUCUUCUUGUCAAGAAUUUCGCCACGAGAGCUAUUGAUCUUUUGCUUCCAGAAUUGGAGCGAGGUCUGGCAGACGACAAUUACAGAAUUCGUCUCAGUUCCGUUGAGCUGGUUGGUGAUCUGUUGUUCAACCUUACUGGUAUUAGUGCGAAUACAGAACAAGAUGAGGUCGAAGAAGGUGCGCAAGAAGCUGGUGCAUCGUUACUCGAGGUACUUGGUGAGGAGAAGCGCAACAAGGUAUUGUCCUCGUUGUACAUUUGCCGAUGCGAUACUUCUGGCUUGGUGCGAACAGCUGCUGUCAAUGUUUGGAAAGCUCUUGUCGCGAGUCCAAGAACGCUUAAGGAGCUCAUUCCUACGCUCACUCAACUCAUUAUUCGACGAUUGGGAAGCUCCAACAUGGAGCAGAAGGUUAUUGCAGGUAAUGCACUUGGUGAAUUGAUUCGCAAAGCAGGUGAUGGAGUUCUCUCAACUCUAUUGCCCACCUUGGAGGAUGGUUUGCAAAAUUCUACAGAUACAGAUGCUAAGCAAGGAAUAUGUAUUGCACUUCGUGAAUUGAUUUCAUCAGCCUCCCCAGAGGCUUUGGAAGAUCAUGAGAAGACAUUGAUCUCUGUUGUCAGAGUUGCUUUGAUAGACUCGGAUGACGAAGUCCGAGAAGCAGCAGCUGAAGCCUUCGAUUCGCUACAGCAAAUUCUCGGCAAGAAGGCUGUCGACCAGGUCUUGCCAUAUCUUUUAAGCUUACUCCGCACAGAAAGCGAGGCUAAUAAUGCCUUAUCUGCACUCCUGACCUUAUUAACUGAAACGACAAGAUCAAAUAUCAUUCUUCCAAACCUCAUACCAACGCUUACCACCUCGCCUAUAUCUUCAUUCAAUGCCAGGGCACUUGCCUCGCUUUCAACCGUUGCAGGACCGGCGAUGGCAAGAAGAUUACCUACUAUAUUGAAUUCUUUGAUGGAUAACAUCAUUUCUUCCAAGGAUGAGGAUCUCAAGUCAGAGCUCGAGACAUCCUUUGACACGGUUGUUCAGUCCAUCGACGAGUUUGAUGGCCUCAAUGUGGCUAUGAAUGUUCUUCUUGCAUUAGUAAAGCACGAUGAUCAUCGCAGAAGAGCAAACGUGGACUAUCGCCUUGCCAAGUUCUUUGCCGCAGCUACAGUUGACUACUCUCGUUACAACCAAGAUAUCGUACGCGCUUUACUCGUUUCAUUCGACGAUGGAGAUGCGGAAGUUGUCAAGGCCGCCUGGACUGCACUUUCCGAAUUCACCAAACACUUGAGGAAGGAAGAAAUGGAAACACUCAUUUAUUCGACAAGACAGACUUUACAACACGUGGUGUACCCUGGAUCCAACUUACCUGGCUUUGGAUUGCCCAAGGGUAUCAACGCCAUUUUACCUAUCUUCUUACAUGGUCUUAUGAAUGGUACUGCCGAACAACGUACACAAUCUGCCUUAGCUAUAUCCGACAUUGUUGACCGAACAAGUGGGGAUUCUUUGAAACCAUUUGUUACUCAGAUCACUGGUCCGCUUAUCCGUGUAGUUUCGGAAAAGUCUGUCGACGUUAAAGCUGCCAUUCUUCUAACUUUGAACAAUUUGUUGGAGAAGAUCCCGACGUUCUUGAAACCCUUCCUUCCACAAUUGCAACGUACAUUUGCCAAGUCUUUGGCCGACACAUCGAGCGAAGUUCUUAGAACUCGUGCUGCCAAAGCUUUGGGUACUUUGAUCACCUUGACUCCAAGAAUUGAUCCUUUGAUCGCCGAGCUAGUUACAGGUUCAAGGACUUCGGACUCCGGAGUUAGAAAUGCCAUGCUCAAGGCAUUAUAUGAAGUAAUCAGCAAAGCUGGUGCUAAUAUGGGAGAGGCUUCGCGCAGCGCAGUACUCGGGUUGAUCGAUACUGACGCAGAGGAUAAUGAUGUGUCUAUGGCUAUCACUAAUGCCAAGCUUCUCGCAGCAUUGAUCAAAAAUCUAACCCCCGAAAACGCUUCAGGGCUAAUCAAGAAUCGUGUGGUGACAACUCACUUUACUCCAUCUACAGUUCUCGCGUUAAAUGCUGUCCUUGCCGAAGCACCAUCCGCAUUGACGGAAACUGCCUUUGCUAAUGAUUUACCGGAAGUCAUUUGCCAAGGCAUGGCAAGCAAAAAUGACUUCAUAUCAGAAAACUGUAUCCUCGCCGCUGGAAAAUACCUUCUUGCUGAGACCGCCAACCAUGAAUUCGAAACGACAAAACCAAUAUUUGAAUCAUUAGCAAAGUUGAUUCAACCAGGAAAUACGGCCGAUGCUCGUCGUCUAUCGCUUGUAGUAAUUCGCACAAUCUGUCGCCACCAAACAGACGCAGUUCGGCCACAUCUUCCCUUACUCGCUACACCUGUAUUUGCAGGUGUUCGAGAUCCUAUCAUCCCCAUUAAGCUAGCAGCAGAAGCAGCGUUCCUCGCAUUGUUCAAUGUUGUUGAAGAGGAAAGCAAGGUAUUUGAUAAAUAUAUCACUGCUCAAGAACUGGCACCGAAUCAAAAGAGAAGCAUGCAGGAUUACUUUAAGCGGGUUGCAUUGAGGUUAGGCAACACAGCACGAGAGAGGAGAGAAGCCGAAGGUGGACAGGGUGGACUGGGUCUUUCUAAUGACGAGGUUGAUGAUGAAAAGGAGAUCUCAAGUAUUGGAAAGGUGGAUUUGGGCGAAAAGGCUUUUGAUGCAUAAGGAAAUGAGGUUACGAUUUGAUGUGAUGAUUAAAUUCAGCAUAAGAAAAGCAUUUGCAUUGCCAGUAAAAAUCAUUAGAUAUGAAUUUCAAUUCGAAUCGCUUGUAUAUUUCAGGUUUCUUUGAUCACAUCGAUCAACUAAUUCAAUCAUUUUAGCAUCGAGUAUUUUCCAACGACCUUGCGAUUUGAAAAAAAAAAAGCAAAAAUUAACGCGAAACGCCAAAAAUCAUAACAGUUAUCUGAUUGCCAAGUUUGCUUGUGAAUAUAUUGGCGAUCUUUGAUUAUCGAAUGAG